AUGGCUGCACAAACUGUUGCUCGACGUGCGCCUAGAUUGGGAAACAAGCAUGUCUUUUUACCAAACUUCACACUCACCCUCCUUCGUACACCUAAGCUCCCACCUACCUUCGCAUCUUUUAUCGUUCCCCUAAAUCUCAAUAAGCUCGACUUGCGCGACUAUCUAUGGAACUGCUACGGGGUCCCAGUUCGCGGAGUACGAUCAUACAUCCAGAUGCAGAAAGUCCGACAGGAUAAACCGAGGGAGAAACGUCCAUUUCCCAGGAAGUGGUUUAGGCCAAGAAGUAUUAAGAAGAUGCUGGUGGAGAUGGACCAGCCUUUCGUGUGGCCCGAGGAGCCAAAAGACUACGAUUUAUGGGAUAAAGUUACUUAUGACGCGGCACAAAAGGAGCGCGAGGACAACGAAACCCAAUAUAGACCAGGUGCAAGGGAACUGCCAAGUUCCGAGCGAGGGACCAUCGCCGAGCAAGCAAAGGCGUAUUUGGAAGCAAAAGAGAAGUGGGAAGCAAAACAGGAGGACCAAUGGGAGGAUGUGGGUAGUGCUGUGGAGGUGGAGCAGGAUGUGAAGAUAUGA